GGUCCUCGCGGGCUUCCGUCCCGGAGCGCUCCGGAAGGUCCGGGUGCGACUUGGAGUCCUGGAAUCCGGCUCCCGGACCUGGCUGAAGAUGGAGUUCGACUGCGAGGGUGUGAGACGGCUUCUUGGCAAGUACAAGUUCAGGGAUCUAACUGUGGAAGAACUAAAGAAUGUAAAUACGUUUUUCCCACAUUUCAGAUAUUCCAUGGAUACCUAUGUUUUUAAAGAUAGUUCCCAGAAGGACCUGUUGAAUUUUACUGGCACCAUUCCUGUGAUGUAUCAGGGUAACGUAUAUAACAUACCGGUUCGUUUCUGGAUUUUGGAUUCUCAUCCUUUUGCUCCCCCCAUUUGCUUCUUGAAGCCAACUGCAAAUAUGGGAAUCACAGUUGGAAAACAUGUGGAUGUUCAUGGGAGAAUAUACUUGCCCUAUCUUCAGAACUGGAGCCACCCUAAAUCUGUCAUUGUUGGAUUAAUUAAAGAAAUGAUUGCCAAGUUUCAAGAGGAACUUCCCUUAUAUUCUCUGCCAUCGUCUGAUGAGGCUCGGCAGGUAGACUUGCUGGCCUAUAUUGCAAAAAUCACAGAAGGUGUCUCAGAUAUAAACUCAAAAAGUUGGACAAGUCAUGAGAACAAAACAGCCAAUAAAAUUACUGUAGUUGGAAGUGGCGAGUUGGGUAUUGCCUGCACACUAGCAAUUUCAGCAAAGGGCAUUGCAGAUAAGCUGGUCCUUCUAGACUGCUCAGAAGGGACUAAAGGAGGGACAAUGGACCUUGACAUCUUCAGCCUGCCUAACGUGGAGAUCAGUAAAGAUUUGUCUGCCUCUGCUCAUUCCAAGGUGGUGAUCUUCACAGUCAACUCUCUGGGCCAUUCGGAGUCCUACCUUGAUGUGGUGCAGAGCAACGUGGAUAUGUUCCGGGCCCUAGUUCCGGCUCUGGCGCAUUACAGUCAACACAGCGUCCUGAUUGUUGCAUCUCAGCCAGUGGAAAUCAUGACAUACGUGACGUGGAAACUGAGUACAUUUCCUGCAAAUCAAGUGAUUGGAAUUGGAUGUAACCUGGAUUCACAGAGAUUACAAUAUAUUAUCACAAAUGUUUUGAAUGCACAAACUUCAGGCAGAGAAGUAUGGGUUAUUGGAGAACAGGGAGAAGACAGAGUGCCCACAUGGAGUGGACAAGAAGUAAUGAAUCCCAGCUCUCAGGCACAGCUGUCCAACAGAGCCAUGGAACUGUUAAGGGUAAAAGGUCAGAGAUCCUGGUCUGUGGGACUGUCAGUAGCUGACCUGGUUGACAGUGUCAUAAACAAUAAAAAGAAGGUGCAUUCUGUAUCCACUUUGGCAAAGGGAUACUAUAAUAUAAAUAAUGAAGUGUUUUUAAGUUUGCCUUGUAUCCUUGGAACCAGUGGGGUAUCUGAAGUCAUCGAAACUGCAGCAAAAGAAGUUACAGUGGCUGAGAAACUCCAGAACAGCGCGUCCUCUAUCCACGGUCUCCAGCAGCAGUUAAAACUUUGAUUUUCAAACACAUUUUCCUGAAAGGAAAUGCAUUUAAUUACACCAACAUAUAUAGGUUUGAAAACUUCUGUGUUUUGUACUUACCUUUACAAACCUUUUGGUUAAUUUUGGUUACUUGCAUAAUUUGAAUCCUUAAGGAGUUAGAUAAGGGAGGGAAAAAAUCUAUUUAGGGUACGUUCUUAAAUCUAU